CGCUUUGCCCAUCGCCUGCACAUGCACUGCACCACGCCUGCCUGUGCGCCAUCCUCCUCUCCCCACGCCGUGUCCUCGCCACCGCAAUCCUCCCCUUCCGCGUUGAACCGCGAGUGGAUGCUUGCCUUCUUGGAGCGCUGGGACAUCCACCCCUCCUGCAUCUCACAACUCUUCCAAUUGCCCCCUGCUGCCACGCUUACCCGCACUGCUGCUGCUGCUGCUGCUGCUGCUGCUGCUGCUGCUGCUGUUUGUGCUGCUGCUACUGGUGGUGGUGCUGCUGCUACUGGUGGUGGUGGUGCUGUUGGUGCUGGUGCUGCAGCCACUGCAGACUCCACUGUGGGUGCUUCUGUUGUUGCUGCUCCCCACACUGGUGCUGCUGGCAAUGCAUCAUCAACAGAGCUGGCGCAGGCAGCUGCACAGCAGCAGAGGCCAGGCACGGAGCGAAAGCGGAAGAGGCAAGCAGCACAGAGGGAGGUGGUGUGGUCAAUGGAGGCAUCAGCGCAUACACGGUUAUCUCCUGCAGCACCACGGAGAGACAGCCUAGCAGCACGGCACGGGGAGCACACAGCAGAGGCAGCAGAGGCGGCAGAGGCAGUAGAGGCGGCGGUGGAGGCGGGGAUAGACCUGCAGGACUGGGCGGAUGGGCGCGACGUGAGGGCGCUGCUGCGCGGCCUGGACGGGGACCAGUGGCGCGUGCGCAUGCGCGUGCGGCAGGGCCACAAGUGGUGCAAGUGGCUCCACGUGCAGCAGCAGCAGGGCGGCACGGGCACGGGGCAGGGGGGCGUCAAAGGGGGGGAUGCGCAGGGAGACCAGGGUGGGUUGGCAGGGACUGGUGCAGGGGGGGGAGAGGGGGCGGGAAGGGGGAAGAGGGGUGGUAGAAGGGAUGGUGGAGUGUGGAGGAAUUUUCUGUUCAACCUGCCGUAUUACUAUGACCAUCUGGAGGACCGCCCUGGGAAAGGGGGGAGGCGCGGAUGGAAGGAGGAGGAUGUGGAAUGGAGGAGGAGGGUUAAGGCAGGCGAAGUGGAUGUUGGAAUGAAGAUGGGGAAAGUGGACGGUGAGACAUGUGGGGGUGGGAGAGGCGGGAAGGGGCGAGGACAGGCGAGCGCAAGGCAGGGAGGAGGCAAAGGAGGAAGAGGGCAAGAAGGACAAGAGGGAGGAAAGCGAGCGGGGAGAGGAGCGGCGUGCUCGGUGGAGGGGAGCAAGUGGGAUGGCUUGUGGUCGUUUGGUGGUGAGGAAGGCAGUGUAAGAGAGGGUGAGGAUGCAGAUGGUGUGGGUGGUGACGAUGAUAGUGACAGCGGUAGUGAUAGUGGCGCAGUGGACCAUGUUCAGCUGCCUUCACGCCAUGUGUCAGAGCAGCAGCAGCAGCAGUGGCUGUGUGGAUGGCAAGGCGUGCGUGGGUAUGAGGCAGUUCCCGGAGGCCCAUGGCAGCGUGGAUCAUCCACCACUCCUCGCCCACCUGCUGCCCGCCUCCGUCCAUUGCUGCCGCGCCCACCCACCGCCCCAUUGCAACCUGCUGCUCGCUUUGCUGCAGCACCACCUGGUGCCCCCACCUGGCCACAGCAGGGGUAUGCAUCACAGCCUCCUUCCACUCUUCCUGCUGUUGCUGCCUGUGCUCCUGCUGCUGCUCCUGCUGGCACGGAUGGGGUGGAUACUACUCGAUUUUCUGCCAUGGAGGGUGAUACAGGUAUUGCGACUGGGAGGGCAAAAAGGAGGAGAAGAGAGGGGCGCAAUGUGGAGGUUAAGGCGUCGGGAAGGAAGGAGAGACAGGUGGAGCAGGCUGGGCAGAAAAGGAGGGGGCGCGAGCUGGGGCCAUCAGGGACACGGAGUUCAGCUUUUCAGAAUGCUUGGAAAAUGCUGAUGGUAGGAGGGAACACGGAAGGAGAGGGUAGGGAGUGUGAGAAUGCUGCUGGUGAGGGAGGUGGCGAGGAGGAAGUCGAAGAGCGGCGCGAGGAAGACGAUGAGGAGGGUGAUGGAAACGAUGGGGGAGAGGAUGAUCUCGUAGAGGCAGUGGUAAGGAGAGCCAAGGAGCAGGAUAGCAGUGAGAGAGGAUGGAAGGAGAGGACGGGGGGAAAGGGACAGAAGAGGAAGGUCACAUGGGGUGGUGUAGCUGACGUGGGUUGA